UGCUAUUUAACCUAAGAUUUUUAUUUUUCGCCAGGUGGUGGCCUUUAUCUGCCUUUAUUAAUAUUAUAUAAAUUGUUUUACAAAGCCAUAAAAAUUACAGUGGAGUAUUCUUUUAAAACAUGAGUAAAUAUAAGCAGAUAUCUCAUGUUAUUUUUGAUAUGGAUGGAGUUUUAUUAGAUACGGAGAACGUUUACAAAAAUGCCAUUUCUUGCAUUGCCAAGCGAUUCGGCAAGGUUUAUACAGCUGAUAUCGUGGCAAAAGUAAUAGGGACAUUGGAAAAAGAAUCCGCUAGAAUUGCCGUCACUGAAAUGAAACUUCCUAUACCAGUUGAGGAGUUUCGACAUGAAUUUCGUACUCUUUCGCAUGGCUUCUUUGCAAAACAUCACGUUCCACUUAUGCCAGGAGCGAAGAAACUAGUUCAUCAUUUAUCAUCUAAUAAAAUACCAAUAUCGGUGGCCACAUCGUCGUCAAUAGAUAGCUUCGAACUGAAGACAAAAAAACAUAAAGAGUUUUUCAAAUUGUUUGAUCACGUGGUUUGCGGCGGGACCGAUCCAGAAGUGAAACAGGGUAAACCAUCUCCUGACAUCUUCUUAAUAUCGGCUUCUAGGUUUCCAGAUGCACCAAAACCAGAGAAAUGUUUGGUGGUAGAGGAUUCGCCCAAUGGUGUUCAGGCCGCUAUAAGCGCCGGCAUGCAGGUUGUUAUGAUACCCGAUCAUUACGUGCCCGAAGAACGAAGAAGGGAUGCGACAUUGGUAGUGAGUUCAUUAGAUCUAAUACCUCUAGAAAAAUUUGGUUUGCCGUCAUUAAAAUAGAUUUUAAUUCCGAAUGAAUCGAAUAUUUAGAGAUAAAGUUUAUUUUUGUUAGGGCUUUAAAUACAAUAAUACAAUGAAAUCGCAUUAUUAAUUUUUGAUAAUAAUAAAUAUACAUGUAGAAAAAACAA